CACAACGCUAGCCGCAUAUUCCGUAGGUGAGCAAGUAGUUUCGACGGUCGAGCAAGAGAAUGAUUUUGCAGUAUUGAGACUAAAUCGAAGAAAUCGUCUUGAGGGAAAACACAGGAUGGAUGAGCUGCUGUCAGACGGAGAGAAGAACGCCAAGACGGUGACGUGCCAGCGCUGCGGCAGUGUAGUACUGAAACCCAACAACGCCACGCUGGUCAAGAAAGAGAAGUUUCUCCCCAGUAUGAGAAAGAAGUCGGAAGGAACAGACCAGGCCGGAGACACCCUUCAGGAGUUCUGGCUGGUGACGGACAUGUACACGUUCGAGAACGUCGGUUUCACCAACACGGUAGAAAACAUCAAGUUCCUCAUCUGUGCGGACUGCGAAAUUGGACCAAUCGGGUGGCACGAUCUCAGUGACAAGCAGGCCUUCUACGUGGCGCUAGAGAGGGUGGAACAUAAAUAGUGAAGCUGUGAUAGGGGUUUCCAGUAUUCUUUACACCACUUGGCACGGAGGGGUUGCAAGUAUUCCUUUCUUUCCAAAUGGAAUAUUUGGGAAUUUUAGGAUAAAAAAGAU